AUGAGGUCCAUGUUCACCCGGCACUUUACAGCUUCCCGUCGUCACCCCAAGACUGAGGCGACCCUUGAAGCCAUAGUGCAGAAGAAGAAUGAAACACUGCGCUCAUACAUCGAGCGAUUCAACCAGGAAGCUGUCGAGGUAGAUACCACCGAGCACAUGAAGAAGUAUCUCCUCGAGAGAGGUCUCUUACCCGGCAGUGAACUUAGCAGAGCCGUAGGGAUCGAGCCUCCCCGCACCUUAAACGAGCUCCUGCAUAAAGCCCAGGCCUACAUCAGAUACGAGGAAAAGCAGGUGGCACACAAUGCCCGCAGCGGACGUAACGCUGGGGAGACCGAGCACUCAAAACGCGAGGACACGAGCAUUUCCCGUCGCAACGGAGACAGACGAAGAGAAGAAAGACCUCGCGAGCUCCGGGAAGGAAGAGGCCCCGCGGGCAGAUAUAGCGAGUACACCUUACUGACAGCUCCUCGAGAGCGUAUCCUCGCAGAAUGUAUCAACUCUGAAUUUAAGCAGGGCAGGGUCAGGUUCCCAAAACCGUCUGCACCAAAGCCCCACACCGACAAAUCAAAGUACUGCCGGUUCCACAGAAGUCACGGGCACGUGACCGAAGACUGCGUCCACCUGAAAGAUGCGAUUGAAAUUUUAAUCCAAGAAGGGCACCUGAAGCAGUACACGAGGAAGAACGAAGCUCCCAGACACGACGAGCCAGAGAAGAAGAGACCCCGGGAAAACACACCCCCCGACAACUCUCCCUAUCAAGUGGCCCUCUGCGUGUCACGACCGGAAGAUUUCUUCCCCCCCGAACCAUUGCCCGAGGGCAAGAUCACUGCACUCAGCCCCUGGGAAGACUUCCCUACCACACUGGUGAUAUCAGGAGGAGGAACUAACGGGGAAUCCGCGGCCCUCUCCGUCAAACGCAAGUUCGACGAACUCCUACUGACUGCCCCCGAGCAGAAAGCGACAUUGACAAAAUACCGGGGAAAAUCCAACCCAAUAUCCUUCUUCCUGGAGGAACUCCCGGGCGGAUCCCCGAACUCGGCCAUCCCACUAUUGAUUAGAGCAAAGAUGGCCCGGUUCGACGUACGACGCAUCCUGGUCGACGAAGGCAGCUCAGUGGAUAUCAUGUACGUCCACCUCUUCAAGACUCUGAAGCUAGACAAGACCAACUUAGCCCCCUACGUCGGAUCAGAUCUCCAAGGAUUCAACGGAGCAACAACCAGACCGUGGGGAUAUGUUGAGCUCCUCGUCACUUUCGGCGAACAAGAAACGGCCAGGGAAGUCAAAAUCCAAUUCCUGGUCGUAGACUGUCCGUCUCUCUACAAUUGCAUCUUUGGACGCCCGACACUGGCCGAACUCACUGCGGUCCCAUCCACCGUCCACCUGAAGAUGAAAUACUACACCAAAUUGGGACGUGUGUGUUGGUGUAAGCCCUAG